AUGGCACGGUUGCCAAGAGUGUGUUUAGUGAUCGUGAGUUAUCUAUUGCUGGCAGUGUUGCCAGCAUUCAGCACCAACACCGAUUUCUCGAGUCAACGGACCUGCGAACCGAUCCGGAUUGAGUUAUGUCGGGGCAUCGGUUACAAUGAAACUUCCCUGCCAAACAUCGUCGGCCAUGAGCUGCAGUCGGAUGCGAACUUUACGCUGCAGACAUUCUUUCCGCUGAUCCAGUUCGGUUGCAGCAAGCAGCUAAAGUUCUUUCUGUGCGCCACCUACGUGCCCAUGUGUACGCCCAAGGUAUCGAUGCCUAUCGGGCCGUGCCGGAGCCUCUGCAAUACGGUGAAGAGUCGGUGUCACCCAAUUCUGCAGGGGUUCGGAUUUCCUUGGCCAUCGGCGCUGGACUGCAAUCGGUUCCCGGAGGAGAACAACCACGAGCACAUGUGCAUGCAAGGACCGGGUGAGCCAGCAGAAGGCGAAGUGCUCGUAUCGGAUCGUCCAUCCUGUCAGGGCCUGCAGCGUUCCAACCUGUACGUUCAGCUGAACCGAUCCGGGCGAUGUGCGCCUCUGUGCGAAGCGGACAUCAUGUUCGAGCAGAAUGAGAAACACUUUGCCGAGGUGUGGCUGACCUCGUGGAGUGUGGCGGCGCUAGGGACCGCGAUCGUGGCCACCCUGUGUCUAAUUCUAUCCACCAAGCGCUGGGACAAGAGCCUGAUGCCGCUAGUCAUCAGCCACUGUUUGGUGACGGUUGGUUGGGCUGUACGGUGGCUGGCUGGGCGCAAUGCUACGGCCUGCGGGUACGAUCCGCAACUUCCGGGCGUUGCACUGCUGCUCACGGACGGCCUGUCGACGGCUCCGUGUGCGGCCACGUUCCUGUUGCGGUACUACUUCGGCCUGUCGGCAGCUGUUUGGUGGGCGAUCCUGUGUUUGCGUUGGAGUAAAUCCGUCCGCCGACUGUUGGGUGCCGAUCUUGGGUCACCCUCCGAUAUUCACGCGGAGAAACCGAACGCGUCCCACGACACACUGUUCCAGCUGGCAGCCUGGGGCAUACCGGCGAUCCUCACCGUGAUCGUGCUGGUGGCACGACUCGUCGACGCAGAUGAACUUUUCGGAUCCUGUUUCAUCGGAAACCAAUCCGACAAAGCGCUGCUAACGUUCGUGAUUGUGCCACUGCUGUCGAGCUGGGUCAUUGGUUCGGGGUACCUCUUCACCGCCUACCUCCGGAAGCGUUCGGCUGCACCGCCCCUCGUACACAACCUGCCCGUCCACAUACACGGUAUGGGCAAGUUCCUGUUUAUCUACGCCGUCCCGAGUGCAGCCCUGCUGAUGCUGAUGUUCUACGAGUACGCGUGCCGGGAGAACUGGCUGCACCUGCCACAUCCGUCCCAGGACUCGGUACUACCGGCACGGGCCCCAUUGUGGCCGUUCCUGUUGCGUGCCUUCAUUGAACUGCUGGUGGGAGUGCUCGCCUCAGCCUGGGCCGUUGGGCCCCGAAUCGUGGGUCUUUGCCGGGGUGGUGAUGGUGGUGGCAGUGGAGGCGUCGGCGGUGGUAUGGGUGUCGGUGGACGGGGUGGGCCGGGUAAAUUGUCGGCCGGGUCCGUCUACAAGCAGCCGGUCGGUCCGAAGCUGGGUGGGUUUGCGGGAGCACCUUCCACCUACUCGACGGCUUCGUACCAGACCGUGUGUCCCCAGAACUCGCUCGUAUCGGUGUCGAUCGGGAAGCUACCAUCGGUGCGGCACGCACGAAAGUAUCCUUCCCAUUCGCACAUCAACCGGAAACCACGCAGCUACAAAAUGUCAACGCAAACGAUCAGUCUCACCGGCAACGAGACAGUCCUGUGA